GUUAUGCCAUUUUUACGUAAAUUACCGAAUGGAGGCAAGACUGCGGAGGAUAAAAAAUGAAACUCGAAAAAAUGCUUCUUGUCGCAUUGUUUGAUUCGCCUUUUACGCGUUUUGCGCUUUUUACCUUUUCAUGCAUUUAGCCCCCAAAUAUUUCCUUUUUUUUUAAAAUGCCAUGCAGUAACCCCCGCAGUACAGUAUCGCAGCAGUGAAGGGGCCAUUCUUUUUCUUUAUUUGCAUCCUGUUGAUGAAUACUGCCUUUUGACGGGCACUGCCUUUUGACGAGCACAACCUUUUGUCGAGCACAACCUUUUGUGCGCGCGAAGAGGCACGCAUACAUAUAUGCGCAAUUGUACAUGUAAUUGUAUACGCCCUUGCAUACCCAAUUGCAUACGUAGUACAUACACGCUCGUACAGCAUUAUGCAUAUGCCUGCGUACAUAUGUAUAUGCGCUCGAGGGAAAAAUGACAGGUACUAUUGAAUGCAUUUCCAUCGGAAUUAUCUCUUUGCUUUUUAUAAAAAUUUAUGCAUUUUUUUACAAAACCCAAAAUGAAAAAGAUGUAAAGGAAAAGCAAGAUGGUGGCGCUGCGGGAGCUGCGGGAGCUGCUGGGGAUGGUUCCAGCCCGGAGCCAAACGUAAAGGUCGAUAUCAUAUGCGACAUAACGAACAAUUUCGGAAGGCAUUAUGUGAAAGAAGUUAUUAAAAGGAAAAACGUCAUAGGUAUAAUUCCCGUAUACAAAAAUUACAAUAAGGAGUAUCUGGACAUCUCCACAUUUAACGGCUUUAUGGCCCAACUGUUUAACUUCCUAAACAUGCGAAAUGGGAAGUUAAUACUAGCAAAUGAAGAUAACUGCGUGGUAAACUUUCUGCAAAAAGAGCUAGAUAUGGAAGAAAGUGAUGACGAUGAGGAGGAAAUAUUGCUGGCCUCUUGCAUUAUCAUCAACGAGAAGGUGUCUAUAAUUGUCUGCGUCAUUAAUUACGAAGCAGACAUGGAAAAACAACUGAAUUUAUUCAUAGGGAAGAAAAAAAAAGACAUUUUUGUUAUUAUAAAUAAUUUAUUCUUAAGUAAUAAGAAUGGCAUUGUAAAAGAAAAGAUGAAGAAUAAGGGUUGUAAAAAUGUAGAAUUGCUUGACAAAAAAGGCUCAUUAACUCCAGGGGAGGAAGAAGGUCGCGAAAUGACCAGUUUUUUUUCCUUCUUUGAUUUUUUUAACGUGAAGAAGGAAUAUUUAACCGAUUUUUAUUCCAUUAUACAAAUAAAUAUGAAAAAUUUUUGCUACUUUUACAAACGUUUGGGAAAUAAUUCUUUUUCGGAAACGUAUUUAAAUGGAUACAUGUAUGACAAUCUUGUCAACACCAAGAUUUAUAACUCCCUGAUGGACAUGUAUCACGAUUUAAUUUCGGAAGCCAUAAAAAAGGACAAUAAAAAAAUUAAUAUGAAGAAGUUUUACACCUUUUAUGGGGAAAAAUGCGAUUACACAAAAAUUGUAAAAUUUACCUUGAUGAAGCUGGAAAACAACAUGUUGUUAUUUUAUAUAUAUGACAUAUAUUCCUAUGUCUACUACCAGCUAAUUUUGUACUUCUCGCAGAAGCAGACCAUAUAG